GUGGUGGAGGAGCGAGCACAGGUUUCUUUAGCUAGACGCAGGUGUAGAGAACAGGAGAGGCUCCUGGGAUGUGGAAGCUGAUUCUUGUGGGAUGUGGGAUCUGUGGAGCUUACUUUGCCGGAAGAGUGGGAGUUUGGAAGCUCAAGGAGCAGGUUGCAAAGAACGCAGCUGGGGCUGAAUCGUCACCCAUGACAGUCAUUGCAAAAGGUGUUUUGUGCGUGCAGGAUCACAUCGGACCUUGGUCGGCCGCGGAUGUUGUACUUGGUCUUGCGGCCAUGGCAAAGAUCACCGAAAACGAUCCCAUGGAAAUUCCUGGUCAUCCAAGUGACUUAGCGAGCGACCCCGAGUUCAUGGUAAGAGCACAACACUGGAGAGCAAUGGCUGAAGCCGUCUACGUCGCAGACCCGGCCUCGUUCUCGCUCUUCUCGCAUCUGCCCGAGUCUUCCAUAGUCACAGCCGUGUGGAAUCCCGAGCAGGAGUCCAUGCGGCCUGCGUUUGCUCUCUCAGUGGAUCACUCGUAUGGAGCACUGGUUCUCUCGGUACGUGGGACUUCUCAUGUGAUUGACAUCCUUGUCAGUGCAGGAGCCAUGCCAGCUCCGUUCGAGUCCGGGCAUGCACACGGCGGAUUUGCUCGUGCGACAGACGCACUCCUGGAAGAAGUGAGGCCGCACAUCCGGCAAGUUUUACAGGAGGACAGCUGCCUGGAGAAGCUGGUUAUAGUCGGGCACAGCAUGGGAGCAGCAGUGGGGAUCAUGUGUGGACUGAAGUUGCGAGACGAGCACCGCAACCUCGAGUGCUGGGGCUUCUCGGUGCCGGCCAGCGUCAGCUUGGAGCUGGCCAAGGAGUGCGCCAGCUUCGCCACCUCCUUCGUCUGCUUGCACGACGUCGUCCCCCGAUUCUCCGUGGCUUCCAUUGAGGACCUCCGCAAGCGAGUGUGCAACUUCGACUGGAAGAGGGCCGACGAGAUCGCCAAGCACGACGAGGACUGGGAGAAGAUCUCCAGGGCGGUGGACGCAAUGCAGAUGUUCCAGAGAGCCCAGGACAACGUGGACGAUUUCGGGAGCAGGGUGUGCAGCGAGCUGAGCGGAGGUGGACCAAGCGAGCAAAAACAGGGAAGUUCUUGCGAGGAGGGAAAGUGCGAGGGGGAGAGCUCCAUCGAGAAGAAGGGGCCCGUGGUUCUGUAUCCGCCAGGGAGGCUGCUGGUUCUAAGCAGCAGUCCGCCGGGGUGUGGAGUAACUCCCGGCCAGCGAUCCGGCGUCGCCGAGCAGAGAAACUAUGGAGCGUUUCCCACGUUCGAGCAGGCCAAGAAUGUGGAGUGGACGAUGCACGAGGCGUCGCCGGAUGAGUUCUCGCAGAUGAUUCUCUCGCCGUGGGCUGUCUCGGAUCAUGUGCUGGGAAACGUUUGCGAGGGGAUCAAUUUCUUCGUGAAGAAGAGUAGAAAGAAGUAAGAGCGCGAAUCUCAGAGCAUAUCCCAGGAAUAUUAAGUUUUUAGGGUUUAUAGAAGUUUGUAAGAAUAUGCUGAGGUUUAUUCUCUUCCCUGGAAUAUUAAAUAGCAUAUUCUAAGAA